AUGCCAAAUAUUUCCUCUGAUAGGGAUCCUAGAGAGAGACCUAAAACCGGAAAGACAUUAUCCGCAAAACGAACUAAAAGUAGAACUAAAACUGGGUGUUUUACAUGCCGCAAGAGAAAAAAGAAAUGUGACGAGAAAGGUCCUGUUUGUUCAGCAUGUGCUAGGAAUAUGUUUCAAUGCUGUUGGCCUCAAAAUCCAACCGAUGCAUUACCUAAAGACUUUGAAAUCACCCCAUUGUCUGCUAAUUUGAGUGAGUCUUUUGAUAAAAUUUUAAAACCUUCGGUGUUGUCCAAAAGGUCUGAAAUCAAACUGAAAAUAGAGAGUAAAGAUUUGCAGAAGAAAAAAAUAGAUCCGGUAACCGAUGUGCCUUUGGAUCUGUGCUCUGUGUUUGAAGUCACUGAAUAUAAGCAUAAGAGACCGUUUCCUUCUAAAGUCACAAUCCCAGAUUCGAUAGACAAGGUUGUUGAUGACUUGUCCAGUAAUGCUUCCUCCACUCCGACACAUGCAUCCUCUUACGCACAUUCUAUCAACAUGCACGAGCAGCUACUGUCGUUUGACUCAUUUUUGCUUUCACCCCUCACAAACUCUGAUACAGUCGUUAACCAACAAUCAAUCACACAAUUGUUUGAUUCUCUUUAUGAAGAUGCUUUGGAUAGUCAGAACUCAUCGCCAGAGGCAUUUUAUGAUGAUUUAUUGAACUAUAGACCGAAAAGUGAAAUACCUAAUACUGUUAUAAAGAAUCCUAUUUUGGCUGCAAUCAGAGAGAUUUUCUAUGCCCGUGGUUGCUCAUACCUAGCCAAAAACAACGUUGAAAAUCCCAAUUUUGUUGAAAAAUAUAGCUCUGCAGCCAAUACACACUAUACGAACGCUGUAAAUGCUUUUGCAAAGGGGUCUGAAGAUAUUAAUUGUAUGGAUUAUGAUAAUGACGAAAACUGGACUGUAUUUGCGAUUAAAACCAUAUGCUUCUCCGAUAAGCUAUUAGGACUUGUUUCAGAAAGCUGCAUAGCUGAUUCUAUGGUGGCUGAUCUAAAGGUCACCUCCAAUGAAGCAAAUCUAAUGUUAACCGGAAUUGAGGAUGCUUCGAAUAGAAAUUUAGGAAGAGUGCUUUUCUCUCAGGUUCUGUUUUCCUACCCAUUUCUGGUAUAUCUUGUGAGGGACAUUUCUAGCAUCAUACCACCUUCCCAGGUAUUCGAUAAGUAUAAUAAUGAAAUAAUAGAUAUUUUCUCAAGUUCUGCUGACUCUGAAUCAUGGCUUGAUACGGUCCUACAGUCAUCGACGAUAACAAUUCUUCAGAUGUUAUCAAAACUGCUUUGGAACCUACGGAUGCAAUCGAAAGCACAUGAAGUGGAAUCCUUACGAAAUAAUCUUGAUGUGAUCACACAAACUAUCCAGACUGCCGAGCUACAGGCCCCAUCGCAAUCUUUCCUGCUAUAUUUUGCUAGGUUUGCAAAUAUCUCUCUCAACGUAUUGUACAAUGCGCUAACUAAAGGCCCAUCAAAUAAUAACGAGGAACAAAUUGAUGAGUUCAUCUUCAACUAUGAAUCGUUUGUCCAAUCCAAAUGUGAGAAAUUGCCAAAGUGCUAUACCCUAAUGCCUCUAUUCAUUAUAGCGUGUGCGUCAAAUUCUCUUCGACAUAGAGAAUUCGUUAGUAAAGAAUUGUAUCUGUUAUCUCAGCGUUUGGGACUUGAGUUCCUUGAAACAUUGACUAGGGCUAUUGAAGAUACUUGGUGUUCUCAACAAAGAGAUGGUGUUUCUUCCCUAGAGAGGUUUGUAUCCAGAACUGGAUUCCUACAUCUAGUUGUGUGA